UACAAAAUGAGUGGUUUAGGCGACAUGAAUUUAACGUCGGAUGAGAUCAGCAAGCUGAAGAAUGCUUUUAAAGACCCAGAAUUUCGUAAACUAUUCAGAGAAUAUGCAGAAGAGAUAUCUGAUCCCGUUAACAAGAAAAAAUAUGAAGAUGAAAUAAAGUUAAUGGAAUUAGAACAGGGAAUGGAUGUGCAAUUUAUCAAUCCUACCCCGGGACAUUGUUUCAAAACUCGACAUUGGCCAUAUGUCUUACAGUUUUCUGAUAGCAAAACCACUUUAAAAGAAGAGGAGAAAUCAACUAAUGAAUCCGUAAAAGUUUUCAUAAAUGUUUGCAGAUCGGAUGCAGUAGAGUGUCCAGAAAUAAAGUCACAGAAAAAUGAUUCUUCGGUACAUGGUGGUGGUGGCAGACCUUAUUGGAGCAUUCCGCAUUGUUUUACUCCUCCCCGUGAAGACUUUGAUAAAAGGAAAAACCAUUCAAUGGUAUAUGAUGUGGUGUUUAAUCCAAAAGCAUUUGAACUCGCCAAGUCAUCUAUCGCUUUUAAAAGACUUCUAAACGUAACAGCAAUUGAAGGCCUGCAGAAACAAUACAACUUAUGUCUUGGAAUGACUUUCAAACAAGCAUUACACUUGUUCAAACACAGGAAGAAUACUGAUUCAAAGAAUCCGCAGAGUGAAUCAGUUUAUCCAAACUCUGUGGCUAACGAUAAUGCUUUGCUUAAGGCAGUCCACCUGUUAAAUGGUGUAUCAUACAAAGGUGUUGCUCGGCCGACAGUAAUUAGGCGACGACGCUUAGAUUAUGAACAACGUCAAGCUGAAUUAAAAAGAAGAGAAGCAGAAGAUUUGAAGUCUUGUACAACUGCUCAACAAAAGCAAGCUAUGAAAAGACUCUCAGCCUAUCCACCUUACGAAAAUGCUGAGACUUUAAAUGAGCCAAAAGAUAAGAUUGAAAAAAAUGUCAAAUCAAAUGAAAUCAAUGGGCCUACUAAACCAGACUACACUAUAACCUACAGUUCAGAUUUCGACAUGAGCAAUUGUAGAAACGCGGGUGAUGUAAAUCCUCUUCGUCCACCUGAUCGUUUAAUUGUCAAUAUUAAAUUUCCUGGUUUAACUUCAUCGUCAAGUCUUGAUUUAGAUGUACAGAAAACACAAUUACAUGUGGCUAGUGAGAAGCCUAUCGCCUAUCUCCUUGACCUGAAACUCCCUUAUGAAGUGGAUGCCUCGGAAGGUACCGCAAAGUUCGACAAAUCUACCCAUACUCUAAGCGUUACACUUCCUUUAAUUAAAAAAGAAGAACCCUGUGCUGUCAAAUUUAUUGAUACUACUGAAAGUAAUGGUGACAGUAACCGCCAGGAUGAUGACGAUGAUGGUGAUGAUGAUGAUAAAGAAUGCUUGACUAAUCAGGUUAUUCAACAAGAAUCAAUUGCAGCUGAGCCUUCGUUAACCGAUGCUACGCAAUACUUGUAUAUACAUGUAAUUAAUGACUGUUCAUUUUGUCCGUACCUUCAAUACUGUACGGAGUGUUCAUCCACGGGAAUGGAAUCUCCAUCAUCCCAUCCCGAUCAUGAUUCUAAUUCCCUGAUACCUAAUGUGACGUGUUCCAGUCUACUUAGUGACAAUGAGGCUACACUGGACAACACCAAUGACAUAUCCUCUAAACCACAAGUAGAUGAUGAUGGUAGAAACUCCGAAAUAAUGAAUCGCCACCACUUGAAUUCACCUCGUUUCACUACUUCUUUAUCAUCACAUGAAUGUUGUUCUAUUGAAUGCUGGAAUACCAAUGACAAUAAAUCUGUGAAUUGUGAAGAUAAUAAUACUAAUAUUAAUGACAAUAUUAUUGAAGAAAGUAAUACCAACUUAGAAGAUUAUCAGUUAUCGAGUACUCUUCAAUCAUCUCCUAAUGAAUUAAAUGGUCAAGUUAAUAAAAGUAAUGCCUUGUCAACUACUAGUGAACGUCUAGGGCAUAAUUCCUCACCCAGUAAUUCAGAAGAAAUCAACUGUCAAACGGCGUCAGCAUUGAAAGGUAUUCUCAAGCACUGUUCAGUAUCAGAAUGUAGUGGAGAUGAAGUGAGCAUUUCAGACAGGAAUGAUUUACGUGUUGUUGGUGGUGGUGGUGGUGCUGCUGGACUAGCUGGUGACAUUCAGGAUGCUGUACCAUCUGAAGGUGGUAACAUGCACCUUCAACAAACUUUAUCGACUGAUAAAUUGUCAGUAGUGGAACUCGAUGGAAAAAAUGUGCAAUAUGAUAAUCAUUUAUCUCCUUGCGGGCUACUAACAAGAUCUGUGAGUUUCUCGGAACAUGUCAAGUUUUCUCCUGGAGACGCUGUGGAGGCAUCACAUAAUGAUUUGUGCAGUAUUCAGGAAAACGCCCUUUGUCAAGAAGACACGCACCAUUAUCAUCAUCCUCAUAAAAGUGAUGGAAAUCUAAAUCAGCUGGACAAUGAAGGAAGCUCUACAAAAUUGGAUGCUGAACUGAGCUGCUCUAAACAUAACCUGUAUAAAUCUGUAAAUGAUUCUGCCUCAUCUUCUGAAACUGAAUCAAAUAAUCAGCAUAAUCCUGAUUAUUCACAUGCUGAAUUGUGUGAUACAAAUCCUUCAGAACAUCUUCAUGACAGUGUAUUUCAAAACUGUUCUCCCCUCAUCAAUACAUCAGAAUCCAAUAAUGGCAUUGAUUCGAAUCAAUCGGAAAGUCUUUCGCCUAAAGACGAUCUUCAGUCUAACGAUAUCAUUUCCUCAGACACCGCUGGUACGCCAACAACAACAACAACACUGGAAGAAGGAGAAGGAAUAUUGAGAAUAAUCCCAGAAUGUAAUGAAACUGAUGGGGCACAUUAUAACGCAUCGGUUAUUCCCUUAACUGCAUUUCCUUUAUUAGAAUUAGAUGAAGAAUAA